AACAGUAAUGUUUUAUUCCAGGCAUCUCAGCAGGUGGGAAUAGCAGGGCAGCUGUCUUUGUGGAGGCCGACAGACUUCAGAGAGGACAUAUGGAAGUUCAAGACAAUCCAGUUCAUAGCAAGUGCAGUGAGAUAUCGCCCAAACAGACUUACCUACAUGGAGGACCAAUUUCUAAAAAUCUUGCAGGAAUUGAAGAAGCACAGAUGGCUUAUCAUGAGCAUGAAAUGUUGAAGCCUAUGAAGAAGAGAAAGAGGAGAGAAUACAACAGCCCAUCAGAGGAGGAGUCUGAUGCUGAACCAAUGGAGGAAAAAAUUGAGGCUUUAAAAAUUGAUGGCAGACACAACAAAGCAGAGGCUAAACUGGAGUUGUGGUCCUGGCCGCAGUACCUAGAGCAACAGAAAGCUGUGGCUGCUCCAGCCAGACUCUUCCAGGAGACCCAAAGGGUUCCCAUGGUUAAGAACAACUUUCGACAGGGUAUGAAGUUAGAAGGCAUUGAUCCCCAGCAUCCCUCUAUGUAUUUCGUCCUGACGGUGGCUGAGGUGUGUGGCUUCAGAUUACGCCUUCAUUUUGAUGGCUAUUCUGACUGCCAUGACUUCUGGGUCAACGCCAACUGCCCUGAUAUUCACCCAGCUGGAUGGUGUGAAAGCACAGGACACAAGUUAUACACACCAAAAGGGUGUAAAGAAGAAGAGUUUUCUUGGUCCAACUACCUAAAAAUCACCAGAUCACAAGCCGCACCGAAAGAGUUGUUUUCUGGCUCAGUCAAAUCUGAGACAGACUGUGGGUUUGAGGUGGGGAUGAAGUUGGAGGCUGUCGACCGCAUGAAUCCCUCUCUCAUCUGUGUUGCAACAGUAACAGACAAAGUGGGCAACCGUUUUCUGGUUCAUUUUGAUAACUGGGAUGACACGUAUGACUACUGGUGUGAUGCCCGCAGCCCGUACAUUCAUCCCACUGGCUGGUGUCAUGAGAGAGGCCUCCCCCUGACGCCUCCACAGGAUUAUCCUGACCCUGACAGGUUCUCGUGGGAGAGAUAUUUGGAAGAGACGGGGUCAACGGCGGUCGCUCCUGAAGCAUUCAAAGUGCGUCCUUCCCACAGCUUCCAGUUGCAGAUGAAGCUGGAGGCGGUGGAUAAGAGGUGUCCGGGUCUGAUCCGCGUGGCUACGGUGGAGGAAGUGGACACUUACAGAAUAAAGAUUCAUUUUGAUGGUUGGAGCCACUUGUAUGAUGAGUGGAUGGACUCAGACCAUCCAGACGUCCACCCUGCUGGCUGGUGUGAAGGCACAGGACACCCCCUCAAACCUCCACCCUGCCAACCCAUCACCCAGAAACCUGGUCCCAGGGAGACUCUGACAGCCCGACAGCCCAACUUCUCCUUGUCUUAUAAAAGUCUGCCUCAGCCACGCAACCCCUCCAAAUACAGCUUCCACCACAGAAAGUGCCCUACUCCGGGAUGUGACGGGUCAGGUCAUGUGACCGGGCGUUUUACGGCGCAUCACUGUUUAUCUGGCUGUCCGUUGGCUGAGAGGAACCAGGGCCGGCUCAAGGCGGAUCUCUCUGAUACAGAAGGAUCCAGGCGUAACCUGCUGGUCUUCGGCCAGAGAGCUAAAAAGUCACGAUAUCACGGCAGGAUCGGCCGCCCCCCUAAAUAUCGUAAAAGUCAGCAAAGAAAUUGUCAGAGUAUGACGGCGGAAGGGAUGUACCCUUCUCUCUUCAUGACGGCAUUUACUGCCAAUUCUGACCGAACGCUGUCUCUCUGCUGGGAGCAGCACUGUAAACUACUGCCCGGGGUUGCCGGAGUUCAUGCCAAUCAAGUAGCUUCCUGGAAUAUAGAUGAGGUCUUUGGAUUUGUUAAUAAUCUUAUUGGUUGUGAGGAGCAGGCCCAAAUUUUCAAAGAUGAAAUGAUCGAUGGAGAGUCCUUCCUUCUUCUGACUCAAAAUGAUAUUGUGAAGAUCAUGAAUAUAAAGCUAGGACCAGCGCUGAAGAUUCACAACGCCAUUUUAGUGUUCAAGAGCACAGACGAAGGCCUGAAGUGAGCAACUCGUCUCCCAGCUCCUCAUGCCGCAACAAUCCAUUCAGAAUCCGACAUCUAAUCACGUGUUUGGUGUUUAACGUCUGAACCCACCAGAGAGAGAGAGAACUAGAGCAGGAUGAACGAAACAUGAAACAGUACAGCCUAGCUGAGCUUCGAUUCUGCUUUAUUUCAAAAGCGAAAUGACACGUUCUGAUAAAGAACAACCCGAUCUGAAACCACCACGCAGGAUUUUUUUGUAUUUGGAGUGUUAACUGAAAUCUACAUUUGUUCUCAGUGUGUGAAGUGAAAUAUCAGGGCAGAUUUCAGUUGAUUGGUGCUACUGUCCCCUUUAUUAGCGCCCUGAUGGUGUUUAUGCACUUUACCUGAGGAGCCACUAGAGGGAGAUUAAAUGAGCUAUUUUACAGAGUUUGGAUUGUCAUGUCAGUGUUGUUAUUUUUGUAUGAAUGGAAACCCUAAAUAGUAACCGAGGUUAGGUUUUAGGUGAUCUAUGUUUCUCUCUCUGAUGGGAAAUUUUAAUAAUGUACAGUUGAGUAACAAUGUCGUUCAGUUCAUCAACAUGAAUAAAUGUUUAUUUCAAGUCUG